AUGGCUGCUUUUCCUCCUCCGCCUGUUAAUACCAUUGACUGGUCCAACGUGGGCUUCAAGGUCCGCGAAGUCAAUGGUCAUAUCGAAUCUACCUACAGUCGAAGCACAGGAAAAUGGACUCCUCUUCACUUCGUCGCCGAUCCCUUCAUGCGCAUCCAUGGCAUGGCGCCAGCUCUCAACUACGGCCAACAAGCCUACGAAGGUCUCAAGGCCUUCCGAACCCCCAAUGACGAAGCAAUCACCAUCUUCCGACCCAACCGUAACGCUAAGCGUCUUCAGCACUCUGCGGAAGUCGUGUCAAUGCCCCACGUCCCCGAAGAGCUAUUCCUCGACGCCGUGCGCGCUGCUGUCGCUUUGAACGCUGAAUACGUUCCUCCUCACGACACUGGCGCUGCGCUGUAUAUUCGCCCGCAGCUGUAUGGUUCAAGCGCUCAGCUUGGUCUCUCACCGCCGGAUGAGUAUAUCUUUGCGGUGUUUGUCAUUCCUACGGGUGUCUACCACGGCGCUCAUCCAGUCAAAGCGCUUAUUCUGGAGGACUUUGAUCGCGCGGCGCCGAAUGGCACGGGCAAUGCAAAGGUUGGUGGCAACUACGCUCCUGUGCUGCGAUGGAGCGAUAAGGCGCGUGACGAGGGCUACGGUAUCACGCUGCACCUGGACAGUGUGCGCCACGAAGAGAUCGACGAGUUCAGCACGAGCGGCUUCAUCGGCGUCAAGGACAACGGGGGACAGGUCACCCUCGCGGUGCCGGACUCCAAGUGCGUUAUCGAGAGUGUCACGAGCGAUAGCAUCCAGGAGCUGGCGCGCAGCUACGGCUGGACCGUGGAGAAGAGGGCGAUCAAGUAUGAGGAGCUCAAGGAGUUUACAGAGGUUUUUGCAGCGGGCACUGCGGCGGCGCUGGUGCCGAUUAGGAGCAUUACGCGACGUGUUGGGGGUGGGGAGGAUGUUGUCACGUAUAUCGAGGAUGGGAGGGAAGAGCCUGGGCCGCUGUUUGAGAAGCUUCUAACACACCUGAAGGACAUUCAGCUUGGGAGAGCGGAGGAUUCAUUUGGGUGGAGAUAUCCUGUUGGUGAGAAGGAUAAGGAGAUUGCCGGUGCGCCUGGGGGACGGAACGGCGAUGCCACGACUGUUGACCAGAUGGAUUAG